CUGCACGACAAGGUCAUGCAGAUGUGGUGCUUCUGCUUCUCAAGGCUGGUGCCAAUCCCGACCAUGCUGACAAUGAGGGCUGGACACCUCUGCGGUCGUCGGCAUGGGCAGGACACGGACAGGUUGUGGAAGCCCUGCUGGAAAAUGGAGCACAGGUGGACUUAGCAGAUGGGGAGCAGCGGACGGCACUGCGUGCUGCAUCAUGGGGAGGCCAUGAAGAAGUUGUUGCACAGCUUCUGGAGAAAGGAGCUGAUGUGAAUCGUGCAGACCGUGAAGGCCGCACAGCCCUUAUUGCUGCUGCCUACAUGGGCCAUGCAGAGAUUGUGGAGCGCCUGCUUGAUGCUGGAGCAGAGGCCAACCAUGCAGACGGAGAUGGGCGCACAGCAUUGUCAGUGGCAGCACUGUGCGUGCGACCAUCUGAGGGCCACAUUGGUGUGGUGGCCCUGCUGCUGGAGAGGGGCGCCAAUGUGGAUCAUGCUGACAAUGAAGGAAUGACUCCUCUGCUUGUAGCAGCAUUCGAAGGUCAUCGGGAGGUCUGCGAGCUUCUCUUGGAUGGUGAGUUUAUUAGUGGUAAUUUUAGAGAGCUUUAGCAU